AGUAGGUUGCUUCCCUCGCGGUCAAGGCCGCUGCUGAAGCCGGGACGGUCACGUGACAGCCUGCUGCUCUCCCUGGUCAUAUGCCGAGGGCGGGGCGCCGCUCGGAUCGGUUUCGUUCUGCGCUCGCCUGGGAUCGCGCCGGGACGGAGGCUGCCGUGCUGCGCUCGGGUCCUGUGCGAUGUCUCCCGCGGUGCAGGGGCUGGCGCUGGCCGCGCUGCUGCUGGUGCUGAGCCGCGAUUGGGGCUGCGCGCAGGCGGCCGGGACCAGCGGGACGCGGAAGCCCAGCGUGGUGCUGAUUCUCACCGAUGACCAGGAUGUCUGCCUGGGCGGCAUGACACCGCUAAAGAAGACCAGUGCCCUUAUUGCAGAGAUGGGGAUAAGCUUCUCAAAUGCAUAUGUGCCCAGUGCAUUGUGCUGUCCCAGCAGAGCUAGCAUCUUAACAGGGAAGUACCCACAUAAUCAUCAUGUUGUCAAUAACACUCUGGAGGGAAACUGCAGCAGCAAAUCAUGGCAGAAAAUACAGGAACCAUAUACCUUCCCAGCUCUCCUCAAGUCCAUGUGUGGCUAUCAAACAUUCUUUGCUGGGAAGUAUUUAAAUGAGUAUGGAGCAGAAGAUGCAGGGGGAAUAGGCCACGUUCCUCCUGGAUGGAGUUUUUGGUAUGCUUUGGAAAAAAAUUCCAAGUACUAUAAUUACACUCUUUCAGUAAAUGGAAAAGCACAAAGGCAUGGUGAAAACUACAGUGCAGAUUACCUGACAGAUGUACUGGCUAAUAUGUCCUUGGAUUUCUUGGAAUAUAAAUCUAAUUUUGAACCGUUCUUCAUGAUGAUCUCCACUCCAGCACCACACUCUCCUUGGAUACCUGCUCCUCAAUAUAAAAAGAGUUUCCAGAAUGUCAGUGCACCAAGAAAUGGCAAUUUUAACAUUCAUGGAAAGGACAAGCAUUGGCUAAUCCGACAAGCAAAGACUCCGAUGACUAAUUCUUCAAUACAGUUUCUAGAUGAUGCUUUUAGAAAAAGAUGGCAAACACUACUGUCAGUAGAUGAUCUGAUAGAGAAACUGGUGAAGAAACUGGAAUUGCUUGGAGAGCUAGAUACUACUUACAUUUUUUAUACCUCAGACAAUGGCUUCCAUACUGGACAAUUUUCUUUGCCAAUAGACAAACGGCAGCUCUAUGAGUUUGACAUUAAAGUUCCAUUGCUAGUUCGAGGACCAGGCAUCAAACCAAACCAGACAAACAAGAUGCUGGUUGCAAACAUUGAUUUAGGUCCCACUAUUUUGGAUAUCGCAGGAUUUGACAUAAACAAGACACAGAUGGAUGGGAUGUCACUGUUGCCGCUUCUGAGAGGCGACAAAAAUGUGUCCUGGAGAUCAGAUGUCUUGAUUGAGUACCAAGGAGAAGGACAUAACAGCAGUGAUCCUACCUGCCCUGCCCUGGGACCUGGUGUUACUCAUUGUUUUCCAGACUGUGUGUGUGAAGAUUCAUAUAACAAUACGUAUGCUUGUGUGAGGACACUGUCAACUUCUUGGGAUCUGCAGUACUGUGAAUUUGAUGACCGAGAGGUGUUUGUUGAAGUCUACAACUUGACUGCAGACCCACACCAGCUUACCAACAUUGCUAAAACAAUAGAUCAAGAAAUUUUAGAGAAGAUGAACUAUCGACUAAUGAUGUUACAGUCCUGCUCAGGAGCAACUUGUCGCACACCAGGUGUCUUUGACCGAGGGUACAGAUUUGACCCACGCCUAAUGUUCAGUCAUGGUAUUUGGGCUCACAAACUUUCCACAAGGUCUCUGUAACAGCAUUUAUCAGCCUCUUCAGUCGGCUUCCUGUGUUCAUUUCUUCAGAGGGACUCCAGCAGGUCUGUCUGUAUCUAACUACAAUAAUUACAUCGGGAAUACUCAAUCAACUGGUUUUGUUAAAACUUUUAUCAGUGGGGAAUGGCAGAAUCCCUAGUCUUUAGAGGGCUGCCUUGUGCCCAGUGUAUAUUUUUACAACUGACCUGUAAUUUUGAACAGUCAGACAUGGCUAAUCUGUCUUGCUCAUAUACCUUGUCUUUCAAAUACUUUUUUAUAUCAGAGGUAUAGUGUUGACUUGUGACCUAUAAAUCUGACUUGGAUUUAUUUUGUUUUUGUAUGAAUAAAGACAGAGUUUAUAAACUGAA